CAAACGAGGCUACGACGAGAAGCAAGUUACAGAAAGUCCUUGAAACUUCGGAGAGGUCAAGUACCACUCCAUGAUCAAGAAUACUUUCAGUUUACUUAGCUAUUUUAGCAAACACAUUCAAGUAAGAUCAUACAGGUAAUCUUGCAUCCUCAGCAUGAAGAUCAACGAAGUGGUAAGCUGUCUGAACGACUUAGCACCCACAUCACUUGCAGAGUCUUGGGACAAUGUGGGGCUGCUGGUGGAACCGUAUACCAAGAGGGACAUUAAGAAGAUGCUGCUCACAAACGACCUUACGGAAGCAGUAAUGGACGAAGUGGAGAAGCUUGACGUAAACUUCAUCCUGUCGUAUCAUCCUCCGUUGUUUAGGCCUAUCAAGAGAAUCACCUGCAAAGCUUGGAAGGAACGCAUUGCCGCAAGGUGCCUGGAGAAGGGCAUAGCCGUAUAUUCACCUCACACCUCCUACGACGCUCUAAAGGGAGGUGUGAAUGACUGGCUGAUUGAAGCCUUUGGUGAGGGGUCAGUGAGUCCGAUACAAGCAAGUACAUCCUCCCCGCCCUUUAGUCACAAGGUAACUGUCGCUGCAGCUGAUGAAGCUGAAGCCCUGGAACUAAGGGACAAGUUUGCCGGCCAUCUUGGCAAGUCUCAGAAUGUUACAAGGACAAAUGGCAGCUGUGUUGAAAUUCUGUGCAAUGAGAAUACCUUACCAGCCAUUGUAAGCGUCGAUGGAGCCACCGCCAAGCCACUGACUAUCUCGAAACUGGAGAAUGUACCCAUUGUUGGUCACGGAAUGGGAAGGAAAUGCGAGUUGUCGAGGCCGAUGACCAUAACAGAAGCUAUUGGCAGGAUCAAAGCCCACCUGGGUCUUCCGUAUGUCAGAUUAGCGCUGGCACACGGAGCAAAACUAAGUUCUAAGAUUCAGAGUGUAGCAGUAUGUGCUGGUUCAGGAUCCUCAGUAUUGCGUGGAGUCAAAGCUGACUUGUGGCUGACUGGAGAGAUGUCUCAUCACGAAGUACUCGAUGCCACUCACCAGAGGUCUUCGGUGGUGCUCACAGACCACUCGAACUGUGAGCGUGGAUAUCUCCGGACUCUUCAGCCACGUCUGCAAGACUUGUUUGAGCAGAAGAUAGAAGUAAUUGUGUCAUCAAUGGAUAGAGAUCCUCUUGAAGUUGUUUAAAUAAUUUUCAAGCUUAAGUAUUUUUAUCAUAUUUUCAAGCUUAAAAUUUGUCAAGCAUGAAAAAAGGUAACGGAGAUAUUUUGUCAGCUAGGUACAUACAUUUAAUAUGGAUCUAAUUUUGGGUUUUAGGUUUAAGGGAAUGUUUAUGGACAGCUCUUUUGAAUGUGAGAGCUGAUUUAAUUAAGGGGCAAUGGUUAAAAGCCAAAGUUUGAGAUUGUGAAUCUAAUUCCUUAAUAAAUUUGAACAUUUUACCUUCCUUUGAUUCAGCACCACUUUACUGAUUAAAAAACCAUGGUCCUCCAAGUUUUCAGAAAGUAUUACAAUCCGGUCACUUUUGAGCGAGUCAAGUAUUUAUAAUGUAGAAUCACUUUUGCAAUUUUUCAUGUAACAUUUCAAUAUAAUUUGGCAUGACAAAUAUACAUUUCAAAUGA